GAGAAUCCCCAGAACGGGACAUAGAGGGGAAUUUUGGACAGAGAAAGCGAAAGCUCUGGGCCAUAAAUAAGAAGCAGCCACAGCCUCACACAGGCUCUCACACACACACUUCUAGAUCCCCUCACACCCCAAGGACGCCUGUGCACUGCCACCACUCUCCUGCAAGCCUACCGGAGCCUCAGCUUCACAGACUAAUACACACACCCAGAGACUCACUCAGACUUCCACAGUUGCUGCUGCCUGACUCAGUUCACUCUCCAUGGCACCCCGUGUGGCCCCACUACUGGCUCUCAGUCUACUAGUUCUCUGGAACUCCCCAGCCCCAGCUCUGGGUGGUGCCAAUGAUGCAGAAGACUGCUGCCUGUCUGUGACCCAGCGCCCCAUCCCUGGGAACAUCGUGAAAGCCUUUCGCUACCUCCUCCUCAAGGAUGGCUGCAGGGUGCCUGCUGUUGUGUUCACCACACUGAGAGGCCACGAGCUCUGUGCACCCCCAGACCAGCCCUGGGUAGACCGUAUCAUCCGCAGAUUGAAAAAGUCCUCUGCCAAGAGCAAGCGCCACAGCAAUUAGACCAUAACAGUACCAGAGGGAGCCCUGUGUCUGACUGAAGGGAUGGGACUCUCCCUGGCCUGGGGAACCAAAGACCAGAAGGGAAGACCAGGCUUCCAGCUGCUCUGCACCCCACCUGUCCCAACCAAGGCAGGGCCUUCAGUGUCUUUGUGUGAGUGGGUGAGUG